CAUUUAGUUCAGUUACCUCUGCUUUCUUGGGUACAAGAACAAUCGUGGACAACUUGAAGCAAGAGGGAACAGCAGACUGGGAUAGGGAAAGAUUGAAUAUGUCUUUAAACACUCCAGCCACCUGGUCUGCACACGCUCUGAGGGGGGCUAGAGAUUCCCCGACACCAUGUUCAUUCAUCUCCUAUUCACACGUACAAAUGCUAUAACUUUAAUAAUAUCAUCAACCACCUACUCAAAUAAGUCACUCUCUGGACAUGAGUGUUUCAUUCAGGGUAGGGGGUAGGUGUGUGUGGGCCGGAAUCAAAGGGUUUCGACUUAUUGUUCGUGUCUGAAAAGGAGCUAAUGGUCGGCCAUCGCUACUCAAGGACUAAAAGCCGCGGGGUGCCCCCGGGCCAAGUCGCACAAUGACACCCCCACUCCUCCCGCGGCGCGUCUUCCUGCCACAAUCUGAAGCAAACGACUCGCUAUGGGGGUGCGUAUCUGUAUCGGUGCGACGGCCAUCCACUCUUUUCAAUACACCCAUCAAGGCUAGUAUAAAUUCGACUGGAUGCUUUUAGUUGUUUUAGUAAUUUCCCCUGCGUUGUCCCGAUUUUACAUGGGCAAAAAUUGGUUUCUGUAUGUAAAAUUGAGCGUAAAGUUGUCACUUCAGAAAAGUUCAAGCAUCAUGUGCAUCAUUCGUUGAGUUAAUUGUCUAUUUUGAAAUGUCAUAAGACUGCUUUUAAUUUCUAGACUUACUGACCCUUUCACAUGUAUUUCUGAAACAGGAGUCCUUCUCAGUUUACUGAUAUCCAUGUAAUUAGGCUACAGCGCCAUCAUAUUAUAGGUAUUGUCUCUCGGCCAAAAGGAUGGUCCAAACAUUGUGAAAUAUGACAAAACAUGAACCUAAUUCUUUAUUGGUUAACUUCACUAAUGAUUGUGGGUCACAUGAGGCCAAUGUGUUUUGUGUAAGUCUAAACCUCAAUGGAAAUGCAUUGAGUCGGUUAUAAUUUCCAUUUAACAAAUUGAAAGAUUUUUCCCACAAACAUAUAUUUUUUUACAUUUUAAAUUCUAACAAUUUACCAGAAAAUUCAGCAAGCGAAAAUAUGGGUCUAUGCUAUUACAUUUUUAUCGAAUGGGAUCUCACUUACUCGAUAAUUAUUUUUGCACAAAAUUGGCUUUUUAGGCUAUGAAAAAUAAUCUUUAUAUAACCUAUUGUUUUAUAGUGUAAUGUAAAAUGGAUAUAAGUUGAGCAUGAUCAGCAAGGUUGCCCAAAUGUUUUUACAUUAAAUGUUAUUGUUGAUUUGAACACUUUGAACAUUUUAUAAUGAGUGAUAGUCAAAAUAUGUAAUUCUGGUCUGUAUUUAAAUACAUCUGCUUGCAUGUAGGCUAUCCCAAAUCACUUUUAAUAUCGAGCUAGUUAAGGUUAAACAAUGUCCACAACGCUACAUGCAUAUUAGAUACUUUGGCUACGUCAUUGAAUAUGUAUUUACUACUUCGUCACGUAGGCUAAAUAUAUUAAAUGGAUCAACAUUGAAGUCGUGAAUUAACUUUUUACUAGAUUUUUUUAUUUAGGAUUUUUGCAUACACACCUGAGCUUGUGUUAUUAAAAUUUUCUCAGGAAGACGAAUAUUUAGUAUCAAUUUUUUUUCAGUCAAGUUUUCAAGGGGAAAGCACGCGCACUAGCUUACCUGUUAUCUCAUGGUCAGUGUAUCAGGGAUCUUUGGGACGUCCCUACACUAAACUUUAACCCCUACCCUUAACCUAACCUUAAACAACCCUUACCUAACCAUUUACAUUUCAACUUCAGUGGGGGGUAGGGACGUCCCAAUGAUUCCGGAUAGCACAGACCAGAUCUCGCCGUGAAGGGAAAAAAAAAUCAAGUUCGUUCGCAAAUUCACAAUCAGCUGUGUUUGAUUGUCUCUCUCGGCCAAUGGGAGGCGAGGCAAUUAACAUCCCAACACCGAUUGAUAAAAAAAACUGUGGAGCUGGGGUGUUGUGAGACGGCCAUUUGAAGGUGAAGUAGGUGGUGAACUCGAGCCUCAAUGGACUACAGUUGAUGGGUAUCUCGCACACAGGCUUCUAUUUCUGUACAGGUUUGUUUCCACACAGCGUGAAGAGAAACUUUCGGGAUUGAUUUUCACCCUUUAAGGAAUUGCUCAAAGAACGCUGGCGUUUGGACAUUUUCUUGUCACCCUCAAGUGUUCAGGACAGGCCGUUCAGAAACGAUGUUCUAUCUUGCGUAAUGGGUAUAUAGACGGUAUAGACUGCAAGCGUGUCAUUGACUAUAACCAAGUGCCUGAACCACAUUGUCUGAGAUUCAAAUCAAGGAGAAUGUCGGAGCGAUCUCAGAGCCCUCUUUCGGAUUGCAACAGCCGGCCGGAUGACUUCAGCCGACCAAUGUACGCCCAGGCCUUGAGUCAAGAAGCGUUUGGAGGCACGUCGCUCCAGAUCCCUCACGGCGUUCUACAGCACCACAGUCUUCUAUUCAACAAGACUGCAUACAAUGGGUUGCCUCCGACACCUCAAACCUUUUUCCAAUUCCCACCAGUUGGUGGUGACUAUAGGGCCUCCGAUUUACAAACUGGUGACUUUCGCCAACCCAAACACUGGUAUCCCAUCGCCGCUCCCGAAUACACCGGCCAAGUACCGAGGGUUGCAGUGACUACGCAGGCCACAAACCUGAGCCCACCCAUUGCCGAAGGCAGGGACCAAAUCAAAAUGCCUGAUAUAAAGAUUGAGAAGGAUGUCAAUGACGAGUAUGAGGUAAAGAUUCAACAGUAUCCAACUCCGUCGUCCGCUGUGCCUCACGGGGUUUACUACUCGACCCCAUGGAACCCCUCGUUUUGGCCCGGCCUUCCCCACAUCACUGCUGAGAGUUCCAAUAUUCAAAACCUCAACUCCAUACCCUCAACAUCGUCUUCAACAUCCCCAUCGCUCUCGCCGUCACCCCCCAGCAAUGGGUUACCCGGGAUCACGUUCAACGGGAGCGCAAGCCAAGGUGCCCAAGCGCCCCAGGCGCAAACCCAGAGCAAUGGAUCCUCCAGCGCCAGCGGUGGGUGCAGCGACUCGGAGGAAGAGGAGAACCCUUCAACUGAGGAGCUGGAACAGUUCGCCAAGGAGCUGAAGCACACGCGUAUAACACUGGGUUUCACACAAGCAGAUGUAGGAAUGGCUCUAGGCAACCUUUAUGGCAAGAUGUUCAGCCAGACUACAAUCUGUCGUUUCGAAGCCCUCCAGCUCAGCUUCAAGAAUAUGUGCAAGCUGAAGCCCCUGCUUCGGAGAUGGCUGAAUGAGGCUGAGACCUCUGACAACCCCCAGGAUAUGUACAAGAUCGAGCGGGUGUUUGUGGACACCAGGAAGAGGAAGCGGAGGACCAGUCUGGAGGGGUCAGUGCGCACGGCUCUAGAGUCCUACUUUGUCAAGUGCCCCAAGCCCAACACCCAGGACAUCACACACAUUGCAGAUGACCUGUGUCUGGAGAGAGAUGUGGUGCGUGUGUGGUUCUGUAACCGCAGACAGAAGGGCAAGCGCCUGGCCCUCCCUUUUGACGAGGAGUGUGAAGAACAGUACUACGAGCAGAGUCCACCUCCCCCGCAUAUGACCCAAUCCCCCCUCCCUGGGCAGGGGUACCACCUAUCCAGCCACACCGGGGCCCCCACUUUCUACAUGCCCCCCCUCCAGAGGCCAGAAGUCUUUAAGCAGGCCCUGCACCCUGGACUGGUGGGUCACCUGACCAGCUAAAUGUGUUCCAGUUCUCUAAACCAGCUCUGGCCAUAUGGCCUCCCAUUCCCACCCAACAUACAGUGGGGAGAUCAAGUAUUUGAUACACUGCCGAUUUUGCAGGCUUUCCUACUUACAAAGCAUGUAGAGGCCUGUCAUUUCUAUCAUAGGUACACUUCAACUGUGAGAGACGGGAUCUAAAUCCAGAAAAUCACAUUGUAUGAUUUUUAAAUAAUUAAUUUGCAUUUUAUUGCGUGACAUAAGUAUUUGAUAUAUCAGAAAAGCAGAACUUAAUAUUUGGUGCUGAAACAUUUGUUUGCAAUUAGAGAUCAUACAUUUCCUGUAGUUCUUGACCAGGUUUGCGCACACUGCAGCAGGGAUUUUGGCCCACUCCUCCAUACAGACCUUCUCCAGAUCCUUCAGGUUUCGGGGCUGUCCUUGGGCAACACGGACUUUCAGCUCCCUCCAAAGAUGUUCUAUUGGGUUCAGGUCUGGAGACUGACUAGGCCACUCCAGGACCUUGAGAUGCUUCUUACGGAGCCACUCCUUAGUUGCCCUGGCUGUGUGUUUCGGGUCGUUGUCAUGCUGGAAGACCCAGCUUCAAUGCUCUUACUGAGGGAAGGCCGAGGGUGAUUGACCGUCAUCUUGAACUUCUUCCAUUUUCUAGUAAUUGCGCCAACAGUUGUUGCCUUCUCACCGAGCUGCUUGCCUAUUGUCCUGUAGCCCAUCCCAGCCGUGUGCAGGUCUACAAUUUUAUCCCGGAUGUCCUUACACAGCUCCCUCGUCUUGGCCAUUGUGGAGCGGUUGGAGUCUGUUUGAGUGUGUGGACAGGUGUCUUUUAUACAGGUGAUGAGUGGAGAACAGGAGGGCUUCUUAAAGAAAAACUAACAGGUCUGUGGAGGAAUUCUUACUGGUUGGUAGGUGAUGCAAAUUAAUCACUUAAAUCAUACAAUGUGAUUUUCUGGAUUUCUGUUUUAGAUUUCGUCUCACAGUUGAAGUGUACCUAUGAUAAAAAUACAGACCUCUACAUGCUUAACCUGCCGAUUUUCGCAGGUUAUCAAAUACUUGUUCUCCCCACUGUAGCUAUUUUCUACCUCUUCAUUCCACCAGUCCCUUGGCUCUGAAUAUCUGCGGUGAGAUUGUUUUUGCACAAAGUUGUCUGACCUUUUUGAUAUUUUAAAAAUGAGAUUUCCCCCCCCCCUUUAUCUGGCAUAUCCUUGUGUUGACUUGUUGCAGUUCUUCCAGAGGUUAUCUAUUAGGUCUUACAUACAAUUUCUUUAAAUAUUCUUUGCAGUCUUGUCCAGAAGGUAUACUCUCAGUGGAAGUAUGAUACAAAUACAUUUUUUGAUUUGUCUUUAAAAACAUCUUGCUAUGUUUGUUAUCCAUGCCUGUAUUUAAUAUGUUGACUAAUUGUUUUUAAUCUAAUGGUAGCCAUUGCGGUAAAGGGAUUAACCAAAGUGGUACUUAUGUUAACAUGAUCAGGGACCUGUAUUGUUAAUGGUUGUCACUGUUACAGAGCUGAUUACAUCACCACUCUUGUACAAAGACUUGAUCAAAAUAAAUCUGAAAUGGCCACCCAGCGCAGGCACAAUCUAGUGCCUUGUUGUGUAGUUGAAGUCAUUUCAUCUUCUACGUGACUCAAAUCUCUUGGCUAAAGAUUUUACACAAUCCCAUGUUUAUAAAUAAAAGCAUAUUUGAUCAUUUUAUUGAAACUCUGGCUAUU